CAGCUAGAGCUCUCCUGGACUGCUAGACUCGACCACGGCGUGUGUCUAUAGACCACAGUCCCGUCGUCCAGUUCGCCCGCCUCCAGCACGGCCGCGCGCAUCUGCAGAGCCGAGCAACUAUGCUGUCGGUACCCGCACGCCACGCCAUCUGCCGCACGACAUCGUCCACGACCCGCGCCCUCUUUACCACCUCGUCGCUCCCCUCAGCCUCGAGCUCGACGCCGGCACCGCCAUCUCGAUCUACUCGCACCGACAAGCCCAAGCGCGACCCUGAAUAUCGCCUGCGCACUCGCGUCCUCCGCUCAGCAGCCUACGCCACCCACGAGCUCGCCUCGUCCUCCCCCUCCCACCCGACCCCUCCUCGCCCCGACGCCGCCGCUCGUCCGCACUCGAAGGGCUACGUCGCCCAGGCUGGCUUCCGCGUCACACCGCACCGCCGCGCAGCCGAGCGUACUCGCGUCGGCGGCGCCAAGUCGGGGCGCGGCGCGCUCGUCGGCAUCGACUCGCAGCAGGUCGAGGCGAGCAUGGCGCACAAGGGGACGCGGCACAGCGGUGCGCCGCUCGUGCGGCGGCACGACCGUGGCGCGGCGCACUCAGGCGCCGGUCCCGCGGCCCCGACUCGCCGCCGUGACGCAGCGGCUGGCCCGCCGUCCUCGUCGCGCUCGCUGCACACGUCCGCCGCCGCCGCACGCGGCAGCGUCCGCCUCGCCGAGGAGUCGCUCGCCGGCCUCGACGCAGAUCUCGACCUGUCGGGCUCGGCCGACGGCGGCUUGUGGGACGACGCCGACUUUGGCGCCGAGGGCGGCGCGGGUGGAAAGGGCAAGGCGCGCGCGAGGGAGCUCGAGAUGGGCGACUUUGUCGAGAUCAGCCGGAACGGCAGCCCGACCUCGGGCAUCUACCUCUCGCGGUCGCCCAACACGGCGCGGCGCAUCGUCCUUCUCUCGGCGUCGGGCUUCCGCUCCGAGCACUCGCUCGACGACGUGACGCACACGAUCCCGUCGCUCGUCCCUUCUGCCGUCGCGCGCCGCGUCGUCGCCGUUUCGCGCGCAGCGCCCGACGUCGAGCGCGACAAGGAGGGUGGCGCAGGGUGGGACCCGAGCGAGGAGUGCGUCAUCGAGGCGCUCCAGGGCCUGCGCAGGCUCGCGAUCGAGGUCGAGGACGAGACGCAGCGGCUCGUCGCGAGAGGCGCCAACGACUUGUUCCGCAUCCUGCACGCGACGCCGGCGCUCGCGCCCGCUCCCCCUGCGCUCAAGGCCAAGGGCAAGGGCAAGAAGGCGUCCAGGGUGUCCUCCUCGUCGCCAUCGACCACGCCCGCCCCGCCCAGGAGCGUCACCGUCCCCUCAGCGCUCGCCGCCCUCCGCAUCCCUUCCCUCGACGCGCCUCCCGCCCGCCACCUCGCCAUGCACCGCCUGCUCAUGGCCCAACCCGCCCACUUCCUCGCCGACGAGGUCGCCCUGCGUCACACGGGCCGGUUCGACCUUCGGUCCCGCGACGAGGCUGAGCGCUUCGAGCGCGUUCGUCAGUGGACGCGCGAGCGCACGGUCGGCGGCGAGCUCGAGGCGUGGUCGGACAAGUGCGCCAGGGUCCGCGAGUGGGGACGCUCGCAGCGCGCUGCGACAGCCUCGGCGCCCCGAGGCGACGGCGACAGCGACACGGCCGACGGCGCGCUCGCGCAGCUCGCGGUCCCCGAGGACGACCCGACGUUCCGGUGGUCGGCGACCGACCUGGUCGUGUUCGCCUUCCUGCGCGACGCGCUCGCCGGCGAGCGGCUCCUCCAGGCGCAGCCGCACAUGGCCAUCGCGCCGUCGCUCCUCAAGGCCGUCGACGCCGCAUCGCUGCGCCUGCGCACCACCUCGCCCUCGCCCUCGCCCUCAUCGUCGUCAUCGUCUUCGUCGUCGUCGCCGUCGGGCGCGGACGCCCCGCCUGUCGAGCGCGACGUCCAGAAGGCGCAAGUGCGCCAGUUCCUCGGCGACGUCGGCAUCGUCGCGCCCUGGGAGAACUGGACCGCGCACGAGCGCGUGACGGGCCUCGCCGAGUGGGACGACAUGGGCACCCGCGUCGAGCGCGCACUCGUGCAGCGGUCCUCGGUGGUGAAGAAGCCCUCGUCCACCGCGACCAAGGCCGCCGCGCCACCCGCCUCGGGCGAGUUCUACCCCGAGGACCCGCACGACGCUGUUCGGCACGACUUUGGUUCGGCGACUGUGUACACGAUCGACGACAUCGGCGCGUCGGAGCUCGACGACGGCAUCUCGCUCGCGCCCGGUCCGCCCUCGUCCUCGUCGACCGGCGGCAAGACCUGGUGGGUCCACGUCCACGUCGCCGACCCGACGGCGCUCCUCCACCCGGGCCACCUGCUCGCCAAGCUCGCGCGCGUGCGCGACCACACCGAGUACUUCCCGGAGAAGACCUGGGCCAUGCUCCCCGAGCAGUUCGUCGUCGGGCAGCGCAUGAGCCUCGGCGCGCUCGAGGGCGCCCAGCAGGGUCAGCGCGUCCUGAGCCUCGGCAUGCGCGUCGACGCCGAGUCGGGCGAGGUCCUCGAGAACGAGGUCAAGGUGGGCGUCGUGCGGGACGUCAGGCGCUUGACGUACAGCGCCGUCGACCGGGCGCUCGGCUACACGCCGCCGCCAAGCGGGCGUGUCCUGCGGUCAUGGGCGCCGGCAGCCGCAGAUGAGCGCGAGCAGGGCGCGUCGACGUCGGCGGCGGCGACUCAAACGAGCCGGCCCGAGCGGUCCACGGACGACGCCCUCCUCGAAACCGACUUGGCGGCGGUCGCCGACCUACGCACGCUGCACGACCUCGCCGGCAAGCUCCUGCGUGCACGCGUCGCAUCGUCGGCCCUGUUCUGGCAGUUCCCCUCGGCGUCCGUGUCGAUCUCGCCCAAGCCCCUCGUCCCUCACUUCCGCACUGCGCCUACGCCCACCUUCUACGCCUCGCCGCCACACGUGUCGCUCCAGCUCCCCUCGGCGGCAGCAAUCUCGGGGCACGUGUCGCACGCCGACUCGCCCGCGCAGCUCCUCGUCUCGGAGAUGAUGGUCGCCGCCAAUCGGUCCGCCGCGCGCUUCGCCGUUGAGCGCUCGAUCGCCGCACCGUUCCGCACCCAGUCGGCGCCCGCCGUCAGCGACGAGGCCGACCUCGAGGCGGUGCUCGCGAUGCGCAACCCGUCGACGGGGCAGGCGCCCGCCGUCGAGGUCCUCAAGCACGCGAUCGACUUCCUCCCCGGCUCGACGACGCCAACGCCUGGCCCGCACUGGCCCAUGGGCAUCGGCGGCGAGUACGGCUACCUCAAGGUGACGUCGCCGCUGCGCCGGUACAGCGACCUGUUCGCGCACUACCAGCUCAAGAGCGCGCUCCUCCAGAAAUCGGCGUCGGCAUCGUCGUUCGCCCCUCGCCUGUCGCUCGCCCAUGUCCAGACCCACAUCGAUGGCUUUGCGGCGGCGUCCAAGGCCCGCCAUCGUCUCGACGGCGCAGCAUCAGCCUUCUGGGCCUUGUGGGUCCUGCAGCCCCACCUCGAUCGACUGUCGUCCACCACCCUUUCCUCAACCUCUCCCUAUCCACCCUCGCACGCCUCGGCCCCGCACACAGCGCCCGACGACCCGGAGGUGCUCGACCUCCUGGCCCACCGCCUCACCGCCCUCGCGCUUCGGCUCCCGACCUUUUCGGCCGUCGAGAACAUCUACGUCCAGCCUGUCCUCCUCCCGCAACUUGGCCUUCGAGGCACCCUCCAGGUGGAUCACGCAGCAGAGGGCGGCGCAGUUGGUGAGGAGGUGGGUGUGCGCAUCGCGCAGUGCGUCAUGGGUCCGAGAAGUCGCGUCAUUUGCGUGCGAAGGUGAGCCAGUCGGGCAGGUUGUAGACUUUGAUAGUGCGGCUGCAACCUUGCUCCUGUGCCUGCCUC